UUGAAGGUCCGGGGCGAGGAAGGGAGCUGCCGAGAGGCUGCGGUUGUGUGGCAGAGCAAGUUUCCGAGGGAGGCGUUACCACGUUAUACCGGUGCUUUUCACUCACAUCUACCGCUUCUUAAUCCUGCCCCAGAAGAUGGAAUACGCCAAGAAGUCGCUGAGCCUGCUGACUCCCACAUCCCUGUCCAAGUGCGUUACUGCCAGCGCCACCAUGACCCAGCAGCUGUUCACGGGCCGGACCCCACGACCCAAGCCCUUCCGGGUGUCCAACGCUGACCGCAGUGUGAAGAAGGGCAUUAUGGCGGACGGGCUACAUGACCUUCUAGAAAAGGCCACGGCUGUCCUGGACGCAAGCUGCGUGAGCUCCGUGGUACUGGAUGAGGAUGGGACCGGCGUGGACACGGAGGACUUCUUCCACACGCUGCAGGACAACACUGUCCUCAUGCUCCUGGAGAAGGGGCAAAAGUGGACACCUCCGCAAACGGGCACGCAGCAGGUGUUCUCCGGCAACCACCGCCUCCGCAGAGACGUGGCCCGGCUGACCUUUGACCUCUACAAGAACAACCCCGAGGAGUUCAUCGGCUGCCUGAACGUGAAGGCCACUCUGUACGGCGUGUACUCGCUCUCCUACGACUUGCGCUGCUACAGGGCCAAGACAAUGAUCAAGGAGAUGCUGCGCUGGACUCUGUUCUCCAUGCAGGCCACGGGACACGUCCUGCUGGGCACCUCGGGGUACAUGCAGCAGCUGCUGGACGAAGAGGAAGUGGCCGAGAAGGAGGUGGGCAGGCUACGGGGAACCGUGAGGAAGACGAUGCAGUCGAUCGAGUGGCGGAAGACGAGGUGCUGAAUGGGAUAAACAGAUAAGCAAACAAACGAUCGAUCAAACGAAACGGACAAACUGGCCCAAAGGUUUUAACCAGGGACCUAACCCUAAAGACGGGCUGGGGUUCCAUGACGUCACCUUUGUGAUGUCACACGAAGCCCACCUUGCGUAGCCCCCUAGGAAGGAGUCUGCUUUCUGUUGACAGUUUCGGGGGGGGGGACAGGGGACCCCAUUUCUGCACGGUGUUCCUCUGCACCGCAGUCAGCACUUCCCUGUGUGUGUUUAGCGUUGAUGUGUGGAAGGAGACAUGGAGAUGAGUUUACAGUUUACCGUGGUGGGUCACUGCAAUCGCCUUGCGACUCGUAUUUAUACCGGUGUAAUGUCUGUUGUGUGCUGAGGUCUGCUUCUGUGUCGCACGACUCCGCUGUUUGUUGACCAACACUAAUAAAUGACAGAUGUAGCGUGUGUUUUUCUUGCUGAAGUGACGUCCAAGGUGUGUGUGUGUGUGUGUGUGUGUGUGUGUGUGCUGUGCUGUGCUGUGCUGUGCUGAGUGGUGUUCAGAUUGCCCAGUGGAGUUCCCAUGUGUCCCUCCCCCUCAUUGUAUCUGGCUUCCUGUAGCUGCCCAUUUUAUGUUCAACACUGUGGUCACAGCCUACAAGAUGGUCAGUGGAUCUGAAGGAUCUGAACCCCAAUACAUACAGAAACCGAUCAGUCCCAACAGUCCGGGAAGAGUACUGUGCUUCUCCACCACUGGCUGCUUGCUGGUCUCACUCAUGAUGGAU